AGGAGAAGACGACGGCGACGACAGCGUAGAAGAAAAAGAGCAAGCGGAGGCGGAAGGGCAGACUGUCAGAAGGACGGAGCCGUGCGGUGCAAAGCUAGCUCAGGAAAGAUGCUGACCAAUAUCUCUAACGUGCUGAGAGCUUGCGCUCAGAGGAAUGUGGGUGCAGUGGUCGUGUCAGCGCGUACGUACGCUGACUUUACAACCCAGGCUACCUUUGAAAUAAAGAAAUGUGACGUCCACAAGUUGGAUGAGGUCCCGGCCACUGAGGUGGUUAUGACUCGUGAGGAGGGUCUGUAUUACUACCGCACCAUGCAGACCAUGAGGCGUAUGGAGUUGAAGGCAGAUCAGCUGUACAAGCAGAAGAUCAUCAGAGGAUUCUGCCACUUGUAUGAUGGCCAGGAGGCCUGUGCAGUCGGUAUUGAAGCUUCAAUCAAUCUGUCAGACCACCUGAUCACUGCAUACCGCUCCCACGGCUACACCUACACCAGAGGAGGGACUGUGAAGGAGAUCAUGGCCGAGCUCACAGGGAGAAGAGGUGGUAUUGCGAAGGGCAAAGGAGGCUCUAUGCACAUGUACUGUAAAAACUUCUACGGAGGAAAUGGAAUUGUCGGAGCUCAGGUUCCCUUGGGUGCUGGUGUAGCUCUGGCCUGCAAGUAUUUUGGCAACAACCAACUGUGUGUCUGUCUCUAUGGUGACGGUGCCGCCAACCAGGGUCAAAUCUUUGAAACCUACAAUAUGGCAGCACUCUGGAAGCUGCCCGUCAUCUUCAUCUGUGAGAACAACAGGUAUGGCAUGGGCACAUCAGUGGAGCGAGCUGCAGCCAGCACAGACUACUACAAGAGAGGAGACUUCAUUCCUGGUCUCAGGGUGGAUGGGAUGGAUGUUCUGUGUGUUCGGGAAGCAACCAGGGUUGCAGCUGAGCACUGCCGAGCUGGGAAGGGUCCUGUUCUCAUGGAACUUCAGACCUACCGCUAUCAUGGACACAGUAUGAGUGAUCCUGGUGUCAGCUACCGCACACGUGAGGAGAUCCAGGAGGUCCGUAGUAAGAGUGAUCCCAUCUCCAUGCUGAAGGACCGCAUGCUCAGCAACAACAUGGCCAGCGUGGAGGAGCUCAAGGAGAUUGAUGUUGAGGUGAGGAAGGAAAUUGAAGACGCUUCUCAGUUUGCCACCACAGAUCCUGAACCCCCACUGGAAGACCUGUGCAACCACCUCUUUUCCAACAAUCCACCGGUGGAGGUGCGGGGCACGAGCCCGUGGGCCAAGCUGAAGUCUGUUAGCUAAAGUUUUUACAUCACCUCAUCCACUAUCCACUCUUAUUUCAUAUAUAUAUAUAAAACCCCCCCUUGCCGUAAACACAUAUGUCAUAUAUUGUACCAGUGCCUCAGACCCAGAGCUUGAAGCAUCAAGUCGUUUAAUUUCAGCCAUAUUCACAAAGAUGUCCAGAUAAUAAAACAGUUGACAAGAAUAUUGAAUGGAUAAACCUUUUUUUAAGUUUGUGCUAAUUUUCUUGUUAGUCCCUCCUCUUUACAUUACUGCUGUUGACACCAGACAUCAGUGCUCAUUAUUCUACCUUCAGAAAAAUCAUUUACUGCUGUUAAUUUUUUGCUACAUAAAUUAUCACAGUUAACACAAAGCCAAACAGAGGAGUCUGUAAGUCAGACGCAGCAGUAAAUUGGAUAAACUCCACAUGGUUUCAGUGUUCAAAACAGCCUCAAGUGUGAUGCCAAAUUCUCAUGAAAUUUUGUCGUUUUUUGUUGUUGUUAGAAUAUUGAAUGUUGGGCCGACUCACUCAUGGAUGAAGUACAUCCACCAAAAGUUAUAAAAAAAAAUAAUGGCAGUGAUGAAUUUGUUUUAAAGGUUGAAUUACAAGCCAAACCUUUUAACAAUCUUCCUGUGAUCCUGCUUCAAGUUGUAAACAUGAAAAAUGUUUGUAGCUUUCUGCAGCCCCAUUUUCUUUUCUUUUUUCUUUUCUUUAAGACAGACACUCAAGAAAUGGCUGUAUUUAAAGUUCUCUUAAAAUGAAGCACUUAACUUUUAACUUAAUAAGGUUUUGUAAAUCCAGCCCCAGGUGAAUAUAUUUAAUUGAUCCUAAAUUUGCGUGUUUGAUGAUUACCUCAGGUCACUUUGACGCGCAUCACUGUUCAUCUCAAAAAGAAACUGUCUGACCUGUAAAAAAUGGUUUUGUACUCUUUAUACUUAAGUGUACACGAUAAAUCAUUCAGUUGGGGAAAACAGUUUUUGCCUUUUUUAAAUUUAAUUCCUUGUAACAGACAAGACAAAAAGGCAGCAAGGUAAAUAUGUCUUCGCAUGUUUUUCUCUCAGUAUAUUGUAUCUAAGAAAGAGGAAAGAACACUAAGGGAAGAGUUUGAAAUAUUUAAAUUUAUCUUGCCAAACCAAACAUGUGCCUGGCAGAUCUGGUCUUGUUUAGAAGAAGAAGAAUGUGUCGUUUGUGUCACGCUAGAAGCUGAGCAGGUGAUUCAAUGCAACUAGAUGUUUGAAGACGUGUUCAGAGUGUGUUUACAUUCAUUUGGUUAUUUUGCAGGUGCCUUUUUGAGUUUCAUGUUGCAAACAUUGACAGUUCAUUUAUCUGGAGAAGCUCUCGACUGGUGCUGAACAUACUUGAGGAUAUUUAUUAUCCAGAACUCAUCUGUUGCCUGCAGUGAAUGUAAACACUAUGCAUUCAUGAGCUAAGCUUCACGGUUCGCAUUCAUUUUCUAAAUCAAAGAAAGAUGUUGGGUUAACUAUUGUUGGCUCAACUAGUAGCUUUAUGUGCUACUUAUGUUGCAUGUUUAGCUUCAGAGGUGUUUUGUGACUGUAACACGUCAGCAGUUGUAUUUUAACAGCUCAAAUAUGCAGGGAUACACAGACAUUUUAAACUUCAGUUAUUAAAUAAAAUUUCACAUUGGUUUUCAGUUAGUGGUAUUCAUAAACAGUGUAACUAUGCUUUAAAGGAUACCAGAGGGGAAGUAUCUUUUCUCUGUAAUGUGAGAAGUGUUUAGACAAAUAAGAAGACAGACUUAAAUUUAAAAUGUCAAUACCUGUCGUACCGCAACUGAAAAUGCCUACAGUAUGAGUAUUUGUAAACUGUUACAGUGAAGGAGGCAGAUUGUGCAAGGAAACACUCCAUGGAAACAUUGGUUUUAUGUGAGCGCCAUUUUAAUAAAGUCUGUGAGGUGC